AUGCAUGUCGGUGAAGACAGUGCACCUGAAACCGUAUCAGACAUAUCCAUAAACGCAUUCCUUGCUGCUUUAGACAGGUUUGUCAUCCGGUGUGGUAUUUUAAAUAGAAUAUCUCAAGAUUGUGGUAUAAAUUACGUAGGAGCUGCAAAACAACCGAAGAAAUUGUUUGAUGAAGCAUCCAAUCAGCAUAUCUUAUGUGAUCGUAUACCUUACAAGUGGCAUUUUAACCUACCGGGAGCCCCUGACUUUGGUGACUUUGGGAUAUGGGAGGCUGCUGUCAAAAACGCAAAAAUCCAUUUGAAGAAAGUGAUCGGUGCUCAAGUAUACAUCACUGAGGAAUUCACAACGCUCAUAACGUGGGUCGAAGGCGUCUUGAAUUCUCGACCGAUGCUACCGCUUUCCAGUGAUCCAAACGACUUAAGCGUGUUGACCACAGGUCACUUUCUAAUUGGGCAACUGUUGUUAAUAAUUCCAGAAGAGGAUUUAGUUGAUACUCAAACUAACCGUUUAAGUCGGUGGCAAUUACUUCGCCAAACUCAACAGUCAUUUUGGCGUCGAUGGAGCAAUGAAUAUCUGCACACACCCUACAAGGAAGGCAAAAGUGGUUUAAGCAGAUACCAAAUCUAUCCGUUGGCGAUUUAG